GCGACGGGUGUCCCCGUCUGAAGCUCCAUGAAUAAAGGCUAUGGGUGAAUAAGGGCUUGAUAAAGACGGAUAAGAGGCGCAGUAUGAAAUAGAAAAUGCUUCCCAAGUCGCAUAUAAUGUCGCACGGAACAGCGCCACCAACCCAACAGCGUCUAUGGCACCAGGGGCGGAGUUUUAGGAGGGGAUAUGCGGACACGUGAUGAGCAGAAGUCGAUAACCGAGUUGCUGCUACUUUCAGGCGGAACUAAUCAAUCCGGAAGUGCGGUAGCGAGCAGGAUGUAACAUCUCUUUAUUCCUUACUCUCCCUUUUUUCUUCCUCCUGCCCCCCCUUCCAAUAAUUUCUCUGCCGCUGGUAUAAUCCCUCUGUUCUCGCUGUACCUCUAUAUUCUCCCACCACCGCUGCGCCUCCAUUCCCACCCUCUGGCGCAUGUACCCGCAGGAUGGCCAUGUCGCUGAAAUCUCCGUUCGUGGUCUCCAUUGACAUCAACCUUCAUUUAGUGGCUCUUACAAUCCUGGGACUGGUGAGCCGCCUCUGGAGACUCUCAUACCCCCAGGCUGUGGUAUUUGAUGAAGUCUAUUAUGGGCAGUUUAUAUCCCUCUACAUGAAAAGGAUAUUCUUUCUGGAUGACAGUGGGCCGCCCCUGGGACACAUGCUUCUUGCGCUGGGAGGUUACCUUGCGGAUUUUGACGGGAACUUCAUGUGGAACAGGAUUGGAGCUGAGUACAGCAGUAAUGUGCCCGUGUGGUCCCUGCGCCUCCUUCCGGCUCUAUCAGGAGCACUGUGCGUCCCGCUGGCCUAUCAGAUUGUGGUAGAACUGGGCUUCUCUGCCAGUGCCGGAUUGGCAGCUGGCUUUUUGCUAUUGUUCGAGAAUGCUCUGAUCACUCAGUCCCGUCUGAUGCUGCUGGAGUCGGUGCUCAUCUUCUUCAUCCUCCUGGCUUUCCUGUCCUACCUCAAGUUCCAUUGGUGCCAGCAGAGCAGUCCCUUCUCUGGAUCCUGGUGGUUCUGGCUGCUCCUCACUGGUAUCUCAUGCACCUUUGCUAUUGGGGUGAAGUAUAUGGGCCUUUUCUCCUACGUGCUUCUUUUGGGGGUUGCUGCUGUGCAUUACUGGCAGCUGAUUGGUGAUCAGACUUUGUCCAAUGUGUGCCUACUCUUCCAUGUGCUGGCAAGGGGCAUAGCCUUGCUUGUGAUGCCAGCUCUUCUGUACGUUGGCAUAUUCUACCUCCACCUGUCAAUACUUACACGUUCCGGGCCUCACGACCACAUCAUGAGCAGCGCUUUUCAAGCCAGCCUGGAGGGAGGCCUUUCCCGGAUCACCCAAGGGCAGCCGUUGGAAGUGGUGUACGGCUCUCAGAUCACCCUCCGGAACACUCUUGGCAAACCUGUCCCUUGUUGGCUUCACUCGCACAAGCACAUGUACCCUGUAAGAUAUGAAGGGGGGCGUGGGAGCUCCCACCAGCAACAGGUCACAUGCUACCCAUACAAAGACGUCAAUAACUGGUGGAUUGUGAAGGACCCGGCACGGCAGGAAAUGGUGGUUGACUCCCCUCCACGUCCCAUCCGUCAUGGAGACAUUGUGCAGCUGCUACACGGAAUGACUGCACGCUUCCUGAACACGCACGACGUGGCCGCUCCCUUCUCUCCAUACUCCCAGGAAGUCUCCUGCUACAUUGAUUACAACAUCUCCAUGCCUGCACAGUCCUUAUGGAAGCUGGAGAUUGUAAACCGGGAAUCAGACGUGGAUACCUGGAAAACCAUUGUUUCCGAAGUGAAGCUGAUUCACGUCAACACGUCUGCAGCUCUGAAGCUCAGUGGAACAGCCUUGCCUGACUGGGGUUUCCGCCAGCUGGAAGUGGUUGGAGAGAAAGCAUCGAAAAAUUACCACCAAAGCCUGGUGUGGAAUGUGGAGGAGCAUAGAUACGGCAGGAGCCGGGAGCAGGCAGAGAGAGAGCAGGAAUUACACACAUCUCCUCAUAUUGACGUGGGAAGGAAUCUCAGUUUCAUGGCUCGUUUCUGGGAGCUGCAGUGGAAAAUGCUGACGAUGAGAACGGAAAGCACAGAACAUAAAUACAGUUCAUACCCGCAGGACUGGAUCACUAUGGACACCAGUAUUGCCUACUGGCUUCACCCCAAGAGCACGGCUCAGAUUCAGCUCUUGGGCAACCCAGUGAUAUGGUAUUCUGCCAACCUUGGUGCCCUGAUUUACUCUGCGCUGCUGAUUUUCUACCUGCUGCGCCAGCGAAGAAGGAUCUAUGACAUUCCACAAGGUUCCUGGGAGGCCUUGCUGCUGACUGGCGUGCUGUUCCUUGGGGGCUGGGCUGUGAAUUACUUGCCCUUUAUCCUGAUGGAGAAAACCCUGUUCUUGUAUCAUUACCUUCCUGCUCUCACCUGCCAGAUCCUUCUGCUCCCACCACUGCUCGAGCAUCUCCACCAACAUCUGCUCAGGUCAGAAGCGUUACAGAACACUCUCUCCGCCCUGCUGUUUGUUUGGGGGUGCAGCGUGUACCUGACAUACCGUAAAAUUUGCCCGCUGACGUACGGAGACCCUCCUCUCUCUCCCGCUGAGCUGCGCAGCCUGAGAUGGAAAGACAACUGGGACAUACUAAUCAGAAAGCAGUGACCCCCCCCCCCCACAUACAGCCACCGUACCCCAUCAUUCUGCUCUGUGAGCAAUACUGUAACCAGCUAACAUGACUCGGUAGAAGCAGGUAUCUUUCUCGUCACCUAACACUAAUGUGAUCAAGAUUUUGUUAUAGAAGUGAACCUUUUUCUAUGUUACUGUAGCAGCCCCCUCCAUUCGGCGAGUAGACCGUCACAAAGACAUGGGGAGCAAACGUAUGUAGAUUUUUUUGCCUUGUUUUUUUUUUUUUUUUUAUAAAAGUGAUUUGAGCAGUUAA